AGAACCUCCUAUAUUAUUUAGAGCAAUUCUCUGCUUCACUUUUACAGGAAAGAGGAGCAAUUGGGUUAGCACAAAAACGUAGAAAAGGCACUGUUUUCCGGGUAGUACAGUGGCAUACAAGCCCAAAACAGGUUCUUUUGGUGUACCACAAUGGCUCCAGUUACAAAUUCUGCCAGUAUUGCAACUUCCAGUUCAAAACGUAGAAAAUAUCUUGAGGCAGGCAAAACUGUAGAAUCUGAGGACCGGAUCAGUUACUUACCACCCGAAGUUCUGUGCCGCAUACUCUCAUUGCUUCCAACUAAGUAUGCUGUUGGCACCAGCGUCUUGUCAACAAGAUGGAAGUACCUUUGGGUUUCAGUCUCAAGCUAUGACUUUGAUGAUGAAUUGUUGUUCCUUCCUGCCAAGCAUUCUGGCGAGGAUAAGUGUCACUUCUUGAACUUUGUUGAUAGAGUUUUGAUUCUUCAAAAGGCUCCAUCUGUGAAAAAAUUUCGCCUCAAGUGCUCUCAAGAAUAUGACACUUCGCGCAUUAAUAUGUGGAUCUCCUUUGCAAUUAUGCAUGAUGUGGAAGAGCUCGAUAUCAGAGUUUUUAUGAAAGACUCCCUGGCACUGCCUCGAAGCUUUUUUGAUUGCAAAACGCUUGUUGUCUUGAAGCUAAGCUCUAACCUCAACAUUGGUUCUUCUCUGCCAAUUUGCUUCCCAAACUUGAAGACCCUUGACCUCUGUUCUCUUGAUUGUCUAGAUGACAGCUUGAUGAAGAAAAUUAUUGCUGGUUGCCCUAUUCUUGAAGAAUUGAGGAUCAAAAGAAGUGCCCUUGAUAAGAUACAGAAUCUAUGUGUACAAUCAUCUUCUUUGAGAAGACUAAUGUUGUACUGUUGCAUAGCUUGUCCAAAAGAUCACAAAUACAGUGUUGUGAUUGAAUCACCAUGCCUUCAGUUCCUUGAUCUUGGAGAUUAUAUAUCUGAAGACUUCAAUGUCAAUGAACUAUCUCAACUUUCUGAAGCACGCCUUAGUGUGGCUCAGAUAUACAAGCAAUCCAUUCCAAGUGACGACUAUGGUGAGAAUUUGAUUGGAAAUUUGCUAUGUAAAAUCUCCAACGUCAGGCGUCUGAAGUUGUCUCAUCACAUUAACAAGUCUGUUGCCUGUGCCCUUGAAGCUGGUAGUUGCCUGUGUACAUAUCCUAACUUGACCUGUUUGGAAGUGGAACUUGAAGGAAGCUGGCAGUUUGUGUUUGAUUUGCUUGAAAGUUCUCCUAAUUUAGAAGUUCUUGUCUGUACUAAGGUAAGGAGGUGCACUCAAAUUGGAAAAGGUCCUCAAGUUCCACACUGCUGCAUAUGGAAGCCUCCAGAUUCUAUCCCCAGCUGUAUCUCCUCACGCCUUGGAAAAAUUCAACUUGCUGGAUUUGAUGGGUGCCAAGUUGAGAUGAGACUCGUCCAAUACAUUUUGAAGAGCGCAAAGUUUCUGCAGGAAUUGAAAAUUACUUCUCACAAACUAGAUCUAAAGUUGCAGUCAAGCAUUCUCAAGGAGCUUUUAUUGUUUCCCAGAGGAUCAGUCUCCUGCCAAAUUGAAUUUUCUUGAGAAUUUUUCGGCAUUGUUGUUCCGUAAUGCACAUGAAGUCAGUCAAAUAAGCAGUUUAUCCUUGUUGACACUUAAUUUGACGUUUAGGAAUUAACUCUGGAAUGCUAUA